ACCACCUACCAAAUAAAAUUAGACCUAACUGGUGAGAAAAAUUAUCAAAAUUCAUAGAAAUGGCAAAUCCUAAGGUUUUCUUCGACAUGACGAUCGGCGGCCAACCGGCUGGGCGUAUUGUCAUGGAGCUCUACGCCGAUGUCGUCCCCAAGACUGCAGAGAACUUCCGUGCUCUUUGCACAGGCGAGAAAGGCUUUGGAAAAUCCGGCAAGCCUUUGCACUACAAAGGAUCAUCCUUCCACCGCGUGAUCCCUAAUUUCAUGUGCCAGGGCGGAGACUUCACAGCUGGGAACGGUACCGGUGGUGAAUCGAUCUAUGGAGCUAAAUUCGCUGAUGAGAACUUCGUGAAGAAGCACACUGGUCCUGGAAUCCUCUCCAUGGCAAAUGCUGGCCCUGGGACCAACGGAUCUCAGUUCUUCAUCUGCACCGCCAAGACCGAGUGGCUCGACGGCAAGCACGUGGUCUUCGGACAGGUUGUCGAGGGACUGGAUGUUGUCAAGGCCAUCGAGAAGGUUGGAUCUGGUUCUGGAAGGACCUCCAAGCCUGUAGCGGUCGCUGACUGUGGUCAACUCUCUUAGAUCUAUCUCGUGAAGAUCUCUUAUAUUAAAGAUCUGAUGAUUAUCUAUGAAUUAUCCUAAUUUCUCUUUUGUAUUUUCGCUUUUAUGACUUUAUGUUGAGGUUAUCGUUGGGUUGUGUUAAUUGAAGGUUGUUCGGCGUGACUCUGAAUUAUUCUGUUUAAUCUGAACUUCCUUCAUAAAUAAGAUUGGUGCAUCUUUUUAUGCUCGAUAAA